AUGAAAUUAUGGCCAUCUAUCUUAUCCCAGUUGUCAGCUGAAGAAUCUGCUAUACGUAAAGGCAUUGCAUGGGUGUGUGGAACGGCAUUGCAAAACAAUCCCAAAGCACAAGAGGCAUUCCUUUCGCAUAAUGGUUUGGAAAAGUUGGUCGAAGUACUAAAGAACGAGCAGAGCAAACAAGUCAAGGCCACUAUUAUUUAUGCCGUGUCUGGUCUACUCAAGCACUCUGCUAAAGCGCAAGAAGCAUUUGCAGAAAAGGGUGGAUUUGAAGCCUUGUUCGAUAUUGUAAAGCGUGCUGAUGAACCUUCGACGCUGCGCAAGACCAUUUUCCUCUUCAACAGCCUGCUGAUCGAAAACAAGCAGUUUGCUACCAAUUUAUUAGAGCAAGGUGGAUUGCACGACCUGGAUGCAGUACUUGUCAAGUACACCGAGCAAGAAGAAGAUGAGGACAUGGUUGAAAAGACCUUGAGAACCUGCCAUACCCUGACCAGCGAAACCAAGACAACUGUGCCAGGCGAUCUUAAACAGCAUGCCCAAAAGGCUGCCGAUAAGUUCGGUCAAGAGAAUCUCGGUUUAGCCGAGAGUGAAUGGAAGCAAUUACUUGCAUGA